AUGGAUCCGACCGCCGGUUCUGGGGUAAACAGUGGAACCGCGGGAGGGCGAUCAUCACCUGGUGUAUACGUGAGUCAAUCUUCAGCCUCAGGAGGCGGUAAACACGGUAGCGUUAGCGAACCAAGCAGCUUACGCGGCACGAGCUUCCGUGUUGGCACCCCGACACCUGGACAAACGGCGGGUUCGGUGUACGGCACUGUACCGGCUGAGCGCUCACGGUAUCAGAGUGGAUCGAUGCGCGCGACCGGGCUGAACACCAGCACAGGCUCCGGGCAACAGUCAAGUUCAAGACCUGGUUCCACGCGGAGCUACGACUUUGAGCGGAACUCAUCUCAAGCGUAUGGCCAAGCUCGUGCCCAGUCGGCUCGCCUCGGUUCUAACUAUGCGGGUCUCGAUCCGUAUGGCGCACUGGCGGCCCCGACAGGUGCGCCAAGUGCCAGUGCUGCAGGCCUGCCGCCGGCGCCAAUGCCUGACGUUAGUGCUGCGUACGCGAAGCCACGGACUGAGGGUGGAUUUUUGGCGUCCACGCAGGAUUCCUGGAAAGCUUUUAAAGCGCGGGUUAAAAGCGACGUCUGGAAAGUCGCUGUUGUGAAAGCGACAAAUCACGUGGUUUCCGAACCUAAGGAAAAACACGUUCAGGUCAUUCUUCGCGGCACCUAUAUGGGUGGAAAUAUUAUGGACAAAUUAACACCGACUGGUGCUAUUCUACAUCAACUUGGAAAACGCCUUCAGUGGAAAGACUGGAUUGUUGUACUGAAAUCCAUGCUUGUGUUUCACCGGAUUUUCCAGGAUGGGAACCCGGCAUUCACGUCGUUUUUGGCAAAUAACGCAAGCAAUGUUUUCCGCUUUCAUGGUUACAUCGAACAGACCUCAGACGCUAUUAUGAACAUGCCCGUCAUCCUGUCGUAUUCGCAGUAUCUUGAGCGUUGGUGCCUGACGAAACAGAAAAUAGACUGGCCGGAGAGAAUUCAGGAUACGAAUCCUUACGCGGCUCCAGGGAUGGCUUUCAUGGCUUCGGGUGUGAAUACUUAUCAGACGAUGCCCCCUGGUGCAUCGCAAAUGCGUGAUGCGCCGAGUUUGCGCAGUGGACGUUUGCGGGGGCCGUCACGCUUUGAAGACUGCGAUUUUCUGCAGCUAAUCAGUGAAGUGCCGUACUUACAAGAUAAUUUAGACCUGCUGUUGGCGGUCAGGCUCGAGUUUGGAAAUGCGAGCUGCCUUCCAGCGCGCGGAGCGGUGCGCCUUUGUUUGAGAGACUUGGCAGAGCUCUUACCUGCUUUAUCUAGAGCUGUGCAGAAUCUGGUGGAACAGUUCUACAGUGUCGAUGCUCCGGAAAUUCUAGAGUCUGCAUUUGAGAUCUACCGUAGAUAUCUCGAUCAAGAUAUAGGGGUUGCGCAAUACUUGAAGCAGUGCCAAUCUGUGGGUGUGGGCCAACCUAUGCCAAAUGUGGCUCGCCCAUCCCAGAGCGUUCUUGAUGAAAUGUUCGAUCAUUUAGAACGCGUUAAGAUGGGAGAUAUCCCGCGAAUCCGUGGCGAUGAACUAGACUCAACUGAACAAGAAAUUGUGAAUGAAAAGCCACAAGACGCGUCAGCCGAGUCAUCGCAACUGGUUUCGACCUCACGCAAUGAUCCCGGAAUGCAAAAAAAUGAACAAGCCGCUGCACAGAUCGCUUCAGUCGAAGGCACUGAAGCGCAUCCAAUGGACGCUAGCUCGACUCAGGUUGUCGCAGCCACGCAAACGGAGACAGGCAAUGAACACGGAGAAUCUCGAGUUAUUGGCUCUGCUACACAGCGAGCGCUGAACCAAACGGAGGAUAAUACUGCUGUGACCAGAGUUCAGACUGGUGCGUCAAUCAAAGAUGAAGGCGACGGGCCCCAACUCGAGCAGGCUGAUCGUGGGCGCCAAGUUUCGCGUAAGAAAGUCAGCACAGCUCCUCCAGCUGUUAUUGAAAAGAAGGAGUCGGCGAAACCAAAAGAGUUUGAUCUACUUGCGCUGCUUGAGGGUAGCAGCGACUCAGAUGAUCAGAUAGAAUCCGAGUCGGACUCUUCGACGACGAGCGCAAAUCAACGGAGCAAGCGAGGCGUUGCCCCACGCAAAGCUGCAGGUACAGCUACCGCAUCUGCAAAGGGCAAGAGGAGCACGGAUGGCGUCGAUCCCCGACAUCGAACAGAUACAGAACUGGUUGCCCCAAGCACUGAGCAGUUUGCAUAUCAAGCCGGUGGCUAUGGUAUGCUGCCGCCGUAUGCAUCACACGGCGCUUACCCUAUGUAUCCGCCGCCUCCAGUGCCUGGGGCCUUUCCGGGUGUGCACCCAGGGGCUUUUGGUCCACCCGGGUAUCCACCGCAGUUCUACGCUCCACCGGUUCCUCAUGUACAGUCUCACGGUACAACGCCGCAGUCAGAUUUAGGGAAUGGGCCACCAUCUUAUUACCGGCCGCAGCUGCCCCCCAUGCAGCAGUAUCCAAUGGCGAUCAGCCCACUCCAGAAUCCUGCGCUACCUCCACCCUUCUUCACGGGGGCUUCAAUGCCUCAAAGCUCUGGUAGCGGAGGCUCCGCUGCACAAACAAGCUUCAUGAGGGAUCAGGAGAAUACCGGCCGCAAAGUUACACCUGCAGAUCAACACUUUUUCGAUCUAUUUGAAGAGGCUAUGCCGAAAAAAUAA